ACCCUGAGUCACUCUGAUGGGGAGAAUUGUUGGACCGGGCAGCCUGCGGGUCUGUUGCGCAUUUGAUUCACGUUCAUUGUUGAAUGAAUUAUCCGACACUUAUCACCGAGAAAUAUCGAUGCCGAUCGUGUCUCCCUGGCGGCUGGAUAAAACCACAAAGGGUUUCCAGCAGUUAAACAGUGCACGACUGUCAAAGGUGCUUGCGUCCUCAAUGCUGACGUUCAUUUCGUGGGGUUGCAUCUGAGAAACCAGGGAUGCUCAAUUUCAUAGAAGCGUGCAAAUGUUUGAACAGGUGCUAGUGGCGCGGACCGCGUAGCCGGGGACGCCAGGGGGCGUGCAGCACCUGCAGCCGGCCGGGAGAGGCUCCACCGGCCGUCCGAUGGGGGGCACGGUGUCGCGCGCCGGACGCACCCUGUUCGGCGGCGAGUCGACCGGGGGGCGGCCGGCGGCCGGCGACGCUGGCGCCGCCAUGCGGCCGCUGCGCACGGCCACGGCCCUCGUGCUGACGCGUCGCGGCUCCAUGUACCUGGAUGAGGACGGCGACCUGGCGCACGAGUUCUUCGAGCAAGUGCCGGCCCGCCAGCCGGGCAGAACGCGCAUGCGCCGCGUCAACGUGCGCCGCCUGCGGCCGCAGGGGCUGGUGCGCUACGGGGUGCCGCGGCUGCACGUGGACUUCCCGGUCGUGCUGUACCGAGACUGAAGCGGCGUGAUGCUCCUGGGGCCAGACCGGACUCCAGUGACCGCCCGUGCAAUCAGGAGAGGCGUGCAGGGAUCUGGCGCGCGCGCCGUGGCAGGUUGAGCUGUGCGGCUAGUCCGGCCUAGGUACGGCGCGCGGCCAGCAGCGCGGUGAUAAACAGCUUACUCAAGCGCAUUGUGGUAUAAUUUAUGGACGAAUGGAGCGGCGCGUCGGGAUGAACCGCCUCGCAGCGUGCUGACGUAAUGGGUUGCCACUUAAUACAAUUUCUGUACGUUCGUGCGGCGGUAAAUAUUCGUUGUAGCGGUGCAUUUAUGGUUCAAGUUUUUUGGUAGUUGUGCUGCGUUGUAGUACUCCUUGUUUGAAACGCUAAGUGUUUGCAAAUAGAGCUACAUCUGCUAAAUUUACGUCCGGGCGCAGUGAGCGGUUAAACAUCCAAGUUUCUUUCGUCAGCGGGGUUCAUUCCGCCUGCUUGAUGUGGUUCUGUAAACUGCAUCGGGUCACUCCUCGACAAAGAUCAAUGUUCGCAAAAGUUGUUCGUACCGAUCAUUGAUCUGUGUUUGCACGCGUGGUUGUGUCCUACGAUCGUACAUUACGGUUGUGACUGGUGUGCGCGGCCCCUGGUGCGAUGUAACGGCGUGGAGCCAUAUCCUUGGUGAACGGCGAAUAGAAUACACGGAAAUGGCCACAUGCUUCUUUGAAUGGCUCCGUGGUAAGCUGACGAGCUGCGGCCUCCAGACUUGGGACUUGCUUGGGCGUAUGAGCGUCUGCAGUCUUGUACGGAUGACAUGAGUCGCGUGUUGAGGACGGGCAGCGGCCCCUGGCUGAUGGAACAACCUGUCUGCUGUUCUCUCACCUCGCCUGCUGUUUUCUGCACUUUGCACUUUGGGCUUUGCACUCUCCUGCACGGUCCGGUUGUAGAGCACUUGUGAAAGUACCGCGGCAGGUGCCAAUGUAGAACGCUUGAGAGAG